CCGCCCCGGGCAUUACAUGCAGAACUCAUCACAUGUAAUGAGGCUAAACUGCGGAAUAUUUGCAACAAAGAACCUUGGAUGGUUCCUAUUGUUAGAGGGACUUAACACCUUUUCAGAGUUAAACCCCUGAUUGUGCGUCUCCAACAGGAGGUGGUAUUAAAAUGCGCAUGUAACAAAUGGGGUUUUGGAGAAGCUGCUACUCCGUGGGCGGAGCGAGAUGACACAACAAUUAAAGAUGAACUUUGUGUGAACUAAUUUCUGUCGCCAAGCCAAGGUAACAGGAGGCCGAGACCUGGGGGAAAGGGUAUAAAAAGGCCGUAGAAAACACCCAGACUUUCAGUAGCAAACAAACUCUUGCUCCACCUAAAAGUCCUCACACGUUUAUAGUUGGUUUGGUUACACGACUCGUUACGCGCACUAGUACAAUGGCUUUGAACACGUUGGUGGCGACCCUUUUGUGCACGAUUGUGCUUCCAAUCUUUCUCUUUUUAAUCGCGGUGAAGUUAUGGGAGGUUUAUUUGAUCCGUGGUCGGGAUCCCAGCUGUCGAGCCCCCCUCCCUCCUGGGUCCAUGGGCUUACCUUUCAUUGGCGAGACGCUCCAUCUCCUUCUCCAGAGGAGAAAGUUCCUGCGGAUGAAACGGCAGAAGUAUGGAUGCAUUUACAGAACGCAUCUCUUUGGCAACCCCACGGUGCGCGUCAUGGGAGCGAACAACGUCAGACAGAUUCUGCUGGGUGAACAUAAACUUGUCGCCGUGCAGUGGCCCGCUUCCGUCAGAACUAUUUUGGGAUCGGACACGCUCUCCAAUAUGCACGGGACCCAGCACAAAAACAAGAAAAAGGCUAUAAUGAGAGCGUUUUCCCGGGAUGCCUUGGAACACUACAUCCCGGUGAUCCAGGAGGAGGUGAGGAGCGCCGUGAGGGAAUGGCUCGAGAAGGACUCCUACGUUCUAGUCUACCCCGAGAUGAAGCGCCUCAUGUUCCGCAUCGCCAUGAGGAUCCUCCUGGGCUUCGACCCGGACCAGAUCAAGACCGACGAGCAGGAGCUGGUGGAGGCUUUCGAAGAGAUGAUCAAGAACCUUUUCUCCCUUCCGGUCGAUGUCCCCUUCAGCGGCUUGUACCGGGGAUUGAAAGCCCGAAAUUUAAUCCACUCCAAAAUCGAGGAAAAUAUCCAGAAGAAAAUAGACAGUGGUAAAGAGGUGAAACACAGAGACGCGCUACAACAGCUGAUAGACAUCAGUAGGAACAGUGACGAGCCGUUCAGCAUGCAGGCAAUUAAGGAGUCAGCCACAGAGCUUUUAUUUGGAGGCCAUGAGACCACUGCUAGUACAGCCACCUCACUGGUCAUGUUCCUGGGACUCAAUCCCGACACGCUCAACAAACUCAGACAAGAACUGCACCAGCAGGAGGAACUAGGUGUGGAUCUGCUGGGGCAGAAUGUGAACAUUGAGGUGUUGGAACAGUUAAAGUAUACAGGCUGUGUCAUCAAAGAGACCUUGAGGAUAAACCCACCUGUACCUGGAGGCUUCAGAGUGGUGCUGAAGACCUUCCAGCUCAAUGGUUACCAGAUCCCCAAAGGCUGGACCAUGAUCUACAGUAUCUGUGACACCCACGACGUGGCCGACGUGUUCCCCAACAAAGAGGAGUUCAACCCGGAGCGUUUCAUGGACAAAUCUUCUGAGGACUCCUCGCGCUUCAACUACAUCCCGUUCGGAGGCGGCUCCAGGAUGUGUGUCGGAAAAGAGUUUGCCAAGGUUCUCCUGAAGAUAUUCCUGGUAGAGCUGACACUGCAAUGUGACUGGACUCUAUCGAACGGCCCCCCGACCAUGAAGACCGGCCCUACGGUCUACCCCGUUGACAACCUGCCCACUGUGUUCAGGAGUUACAGCCGUACCUAGUGACAAACACGCCUCCAUAUUAAAGCUAUGAAAUUGUAAAUAUAAAAUAUUGUAAUGAGUUUUAGAUUAAAUGAUUCAUACUUGAUAUGUGAAAA